AUGAUGCAAAGUGCGGCGGUCCUGCCGACAGAGAGUCCCGUAAAGGGUUUACCGGAGAUUCUCGGAGUGCCGAUGCAACAGAUCCCCCAGUGUGCCGGCUGUAGUCAACACAUCCUGGACAAGUUCAUCCUCAAGGUGCUGGACAGACACUGGCACUCCAAGUGCCUCAAGUGCGCCGACUGUCACACUCCGCUGGCAGACAAGUGCUUCUCACGGGCCGGGAGCGUCUACUGCAAGGAGGACUUCUUCAAGCGUUUUGGGACAAAAUGUGCAUCCUGCCAACAGGGGAUCCCUCCGACACAGGUGGUGCGCAAGGCGCAGGACUUUGUGUAUCACCUGCACUGCUUUGCCUGUGUCAUGUGCAGCCGACAGCUGGCCACUGGGGACGAGUUUUACCUCAUGGAGGAUGGGAGGCUGGUCUGCAAGGAGGAUUACGAGACAGCCAAACAAAAUGAUGAUUCAGAGUCAGGAGCCAAGCGACCAAGGACCACUAUUACUGCCAAACAGCUGGAGACUCUCAAGAGCGCCUACAAGAACUCCCCCAAGCCGGCACGCCACGUCAGAGAACAACUGUCCUCCGAGACGGGGCUUGACAUGAGAGUAGUACAGGUGUGGUUCCAGAAUCGACGGGCGAAAGAGAAGCGUCUGAAAAAGGAUGCAGGUCGGCAUCGCUGGGGUCAGUUCUACAAGAGUGUCAAACGAAACCGAGGGGGAACCAAGGUGGAGAAGGAAAGCUCGGCUGACGACGCGGGACUCAGUGACAGUGAGCUCAGCUUCAGAGAGGACCAGAUCCUGUCAGACCUGGGCCAUGCCAAUGGGCUGUAUGGGAGUGUUGGAGAUGUUGCCAAUGGCGGGGCACUAAAUGGCGGUUUCUCUCUUGAUGCGGCAGGGCAGCCCUAUCAUGACAUCCGGGCAGGAAGUCCUUAUGGUCUUCCCCAGUCGCCAUCCUCCAUUGCCUCCCUGCCCAGCCACACCCCUCUCCUCAACAAUCUGGGUUUCAACAUGGACAGUCUCGUGGCCCAAGGGGGGCCUGGUGGGGUAGGACAGGCCCUGAGGGCCAUGGCGGGUGGCCCCACCUCAGACCUCUCCACAGGCAGCAGUACAGGAUACCCUGACUUCCCCACCAGCCCCGCCUCCUGGUUAGAUGAAAUGGACCAUUCCCAGUUCUGA